CUCGUUAAAAGAUCUCAAAGAUUUCAGGAUCUGAACGAGACUUUGAAACAGGUUUUGUGAAUGACACGCCUUUAGAUAUUCAGGCGGUUGAAGCUUUCCAAUUUAAUUUCGUUUGUACAUGUUUCCCUAAUACAGAAACUGGAAUUGGGAUAAUUAUGUAAUUGGAUUUUAAAGUUGAAUACCUAUUUGAAAUUUACUGUGCUCUUGGAUUUACACAUUAGUUCAGGUACGGAUUAGCGCUAAUACAUAACAAGCCUGUUCGACCAAGAUACCGACGAGGCCCAAAACCGUCGAAUUAAUCCUUUAGAAGAGUAACUUAGCUACUUAGUAUGUCAACUAUGCGAUGAAGAAAGAAAGGUGUAAACGUUUCGACACUUUAAAGUAGCAAAGUUUACGUAAUUAUUACUGGUAGUUUUUACUUUCUUCGUUUAAUAUUGGUCGACGAGUUUGUGAUUAAUAAGUGUGUGUUUUUUUCGUGGUAAAACAAGUAGAUUUAUUAACGUGUGAUACAAGUGUUCACGUGAGCGGGAAGUGUUAAUCUAGAAGAAGACACCCUUCUCAGAAAGUGAGAAGCUAAGUAUAUGAAAUGAUGUUGCAUUGGAAAACUCAAGUGGCGAAUUUUCGGACAGAAAUGAAGUCGACUUCAACAGGUGCGUCAAUGUCAAAAUCAAGGACUACAGUGUCACCUUUGACCCCUGACUCAAGGUCAGGGUCAAGGUCAUGUAGGCGGAGAGCGGUGAUAGUGCUAGUAUUACUCGGAUUAUGUGCGAAUGUGCCACACUCAAAUGCUCAAGAUAUUUUAGGAAAUUGUCCGCCAUCUUCUACCAGUGACGUCACUUGCAUCAAUACUCAGACGUGCACCGACACUUCAUCACAGUGCGCGCGCAACUUGCGGUGUUGCGCAAUAGACGCGUGCGCAGAGCGGAGAUGUGUAGAAGCACUAUUCACUACGUUCGACGUUCGAGCACAGGCUGCCGCAAAUUGGACGGACCAAUUCUACAACGAAUCAUCGACGGAAUAUAGCGAACUGGCAUCGAAACUUGUCUUUUUUUUCCAAUGCGGAUUAAAUGACUUUGACCCAGUAGCCGAGGUGGAUGUGACUGGUUUCAGUCCAAGUUCCGAAACCGGUUACAUUGUGGUACAUUUCAAGAUGUCGAGAUUUUCAGACCCUCGGACUGUGUCGGAGCUUGAUGGCUACUUUACCGAUAUCCAAAAAUUGACUAACAGAACGUGUUAUUAUGAGGUCACAGAUUACGAAAUCAACGGAACGUCCAUAGCAACCGAUGGGUUACCGGCAACUUCAAUAGCUCCCACGAUGUCUACAACUAUGACGUCAAUAAUUGUUGAUUUAGGACCUUCAUCGGAAAACACCGCUACUUUUUCGUCUCCUUUUGAGACGUCUUCCUUCACAGGAACUUCAUCGUCCUCAGUAGUAAUGCCGACCUCAUCCUUAGUAACACCAACUUCUUCUUUUAGUGAGUCUGAUUCAGAGUCGAGUUUGACAGAACUAGCGUCAUCUUCCAUGAUAAUGACGCCAUCAUCGACAGUAACGACGUCAUCAUUUGUUACAGAACCGACGUCAUCUUCGAUGGUAUUGGCGCCAUCUUCAACGUUGCUGACGUUAUCUUCUUCAAUGCAAACUUCCUCUUCGACAACUUCCUCGUCGCCAUCGGUUAUUGAAACACCAUCUUCUAUUGAAACGUCUUCGGUUAUUGAAACGUCAUUCUCAAAAUCGUCUUCAAGUGUACUUUCGUCUACAUUCACGAUUUGGGAGGAUUUGUCGUCUACGAUACUUCCUACAUCUUCGUCAGGAUUGCCUUUUGCAUCGUCGACUGUUUUACCUUUCACAUCUUCCGAACUGUCUUCCUCGCCAUUAGAUACCCAAUCUUCAAUGUUAGCUACUGGAUUUUCAAGUCCGACAACCUCUUCAAACUUGAUGACGUCGUCUGUCGAAAUGCCAACAACAAUACUUACAGCGACCGAAGAGACAUCCGUUACAAUAUCGUCUGAAAUGCAACCGACUUCAAUUAGCUCACCGACGUCUUCGCCUGUUGAUAUCACUUUUACACCUACUAUUUCAUCAUCACAUAUUUUGAUGGAUUCAUCCAGCAUGCCAACCUCUCCUUCAACAACAAGUGCCUCUUCAUCAGCAUCACAGAUGCCAUCUUCAAACUCUUCAAUCGAAAUUAUAUCAACGACUUCGUCUUCCGACGUCGAACAAUCGACUUUAAGCAUGCAAACGUCAUUGUCAUCGUCGUAUUCCAGUUCACAAACGACGACGACUGACCCAGCUGGUUUGAGCUCUUCGUCAUCAGAGAUGGUGAGCCUAUCUGCUACUACGACAUAUAUAGAUCCGAGUGUGUCCUCGUCUUCUUCAGUGAUGUCAUCGUAUACUACAUUCCCGGGUUCAACACACUCACUUUCCUCCAUGACGUCACCCGUGAUGCCAUUUACAACGUCAACAAUAACGUCUCAAAGUGAUCAAACAAUUACAUCAAUAUUUCAAUCUUCAACUUCUUAUGAAGAACCACAAUCAACAAGCGUUACGACACACACGCCAAGCUCCUUGCCAACAGAAAGUUCCACACUCAGCGUUUUGCCUACCAUGUCUUCCACAAUGACGUCAUCUGUCGAACCAACGUCAUCCAGUUCGGUAGAAUCAUUAUCGAUCUCUUCAGUUGUUGAACCAAUGCAAACAAGUUUUCACCAAACGGCGACGUCAACGCAGGUGUCGCCUCUUGUGACGUCAUCAAUGAUAAUGACGACAUCAAGCAGCAUCGUCACAACAACACCGAGGCCGGCUGUUAUUGAAAUGGCUGGUAGUCUGCGUAUAACGGAUGGCGCGAUGUAUAAACCUGAACUUGAAGAUACAAAAAGCAUCGAAUAUGAACAAUUACGGAAUGCAAUAGAACAACAGAUACGAGCAAUCAUGAAGAGUAACUCGAAGUUAUCUGAUAGAUUCAUAGGAAUCAAAGAUAUGAAAUUCCGUAAAGGUAGUGUCAUUGUGGAUUUCACGCUUGAGUUCACAUCGGACACCACGGAACCCGUGACCGCUAAUGACGUCAAGAAUGCUAUAACGGAGGCUGCAACGUCUGGUGCUGGUGCAUUUGGAAACUUCACCGUGGAUAGCCAAGUUACAGUUGAUGAAAUACCAGCUACGUCUACACCUAUGAUGACAUCAACUACAGUCAAUGUUGGUUUGACGUCAACAUCAUCAAUACAUCCGACGUCGUCUUCCGUGUCGACGAGUUCAUCACUGUCUUCAAGCGAACCAGUAACGUCAUCUGAAAUACCAACUGAAUCAACGUCGACCAGUGUUAUAACCUCGUCGUCAGAAACAAUAACGCAAUCUGCAAUCACGACAUCAGAAUCUUCAUUAUUCACGACAACGAUGUCUGAUUCGUCAAGUUCCUCAAGCGCUGUCGAGUCAUCUCCGCCGCUUCAAACAACUUCAGACAUGCCAUCAUCGUCAUCAGAUAUGACUUUAUCUUCAUCUAUGUCAUUAUCAUCAGGUUUCCCAUCGUCUUCGUCAGUGACAACAUUGCUAUCGACAAGUACUCUCUCGUCUACAAUGUUUUCUUUGUCAGAGACUACAAUAACAUCAGUUUCGUCAUCAUCAUCAAUAACGCCAACGAUAAUAUUAACAGAUUCGCAAACUUUGUCGAUUUCAGAAGCAUCUUCGUCCUUUCCCAUCAGUUCGUCUGUAUCAUCAGUUACGCCAUCUUCUUCGAUUAUUCCGGAAUCGUCAUCGACACUUUUAUCGAGUUCAUCCGUAUUUCCGACUUCUUCAACCCCUCAUUCCUCCUCGAUGGUUAUUCCUACAUUAGUGACGUCGACCGAGAAAUAUUCUUCCUCGUCAGAUAUGAAAGAUUCAGAAAUACAAACCUCUACAACGAGCAUCAUUCCAACUUCCACAGCUAGUUUAAUAUCAACAGAUAUGGAAACGUCAACAGUAGACCUUACUUCAUUUUCAUCUGUUAUUUCGACGACAUCUUCUGAAAUUUCUAUCCCUUCGUCAAUAAUUUCGUCAACUAUUUCAGUAAUGCCUACGUAUUUGUCAACAGAAAUAUCAACUUCAACAUUAACAACAGCGACCACUUCUUCGACAAUAAUUCCAACAUCGUCGGAAACGACUUUAUCUUCUUCACUCGUACCAACGUCCACUUUGUUCUCAUCAGUAAUUUCAACCACUUCCUCAACAAUUAUGCCAGAUUUUACCGAUGAACACACUUCAACUACGGCCUCCUCUACGUUGUCCGUUACGCCUGAGCUAUCGUCGCCAAUAAUUACAGAUUCACCAUCUCUCAUCGGGUCCUCUUUAUCGUCUAUGACAACUUCUUCAGUCAUUGAAACUUCAUCGUCAGAAACAAUUUCGAAGACGUCAGUUCUUCCUACACUUACACUAACAGAUAGUUCGACUUCAAUUUUGCCAACCUCAUCAAGUAGUUUAGCGACUACAAGUUCUAUGCUAGAAUCUUCUUUAGCUCCUUCGGUUAUAUUAACAUCUACAGUUAUGUCGUCGUCGAGUAUACUGACAACAUCGUCAUCAACUCUAGUAUCAACAUCAGUUGAACAAACGAUGUAUUCUUCUUCGAUUGAUUUAACGUCGUCAGUUACUCCACUCUCAGCGUCAACUAUUCUGUCGCCAUCAUCACCAGUUGAAACAUCGUCAAUUGUGGCUUCAACAACAGUUGUCCCAACUUCACCGGUUAUUGUUACAUCAGUUUCUCCGACCACAUCUUCGACUGAAAUGUCAUCGUCGCCAUUAGUUACAACUUCCUCAACCGUGGUUUCCUCUACUAUAGAAGUUACGUCUACGACAUCGAUAACUUCCACAUCAUCAGUAUCUCCGUCAACAACCGCGAUUGUUAUGUCAUCAUAUGACACGCCAACGUCAACUGAAAUCAUGUCAACAUCAUCAUUUAUGACAAUGUCAACAUCAAGUAUGUCAACGUCAAUAGUAAUUACAACGUCAUCUUCGUCAGUGAGUUUGACGCUAACCUCAUCUAUUAUUCCGGAUACAUCAACAUUGUCAGCAACAUCGGCGAUGACUUCAUCGUCUUCUUCCGUAGUGCCAGUAACGUCAUCAACAAUUAUCAGUUCAUCGCCAACGCAUGCGUCCUCGACUAGCAUUCCAACUACGACAACAUCAACGUUGUCCACAUCCACACCAACAAUAGAACAAACAACGACGAUUCUAACAUCUUCGUCCUCAUCGUCAUUAUCAUCGUCAACAUCAUCGCCGACAAUGUCAACGACGUCAUUCACGCCAUCCUUCGCAUCCACGUCAAUUUCUACCACCACGACGUCACCAUCGUCGUCAACGAUUGAACCGACGUCCACGCCAACAGUGACGCCAUCCAGUAGCGUGACGCCAUCUGCCACUACACCGACACCAGUUACAACCGUGGAAAUGAAAGGUUCUCUAAGAAUAACUAACGGAACAACUUAUACGGAGGAUCUUAAGAACACGUCGUCGCCGCAGUAUAAGGCUCUAAAAGACGCCAUCGUUUUUGAGCUGACGAAAGUGUUUGCGAAUUCACCCCUUAACGGAAAAUGGAAGGAGAUGAAGGACUUCACGUUCAGUGAAGGGAGCGUGGUUGUGACCUACACAUUGGUUCUCAACGCCACUGAGGCAAUCAACGGCAGUGUCGUCACGUCCGUUGUCAAGGAUGCCUUAAAAAACUUUGGGAAUUUCACUAUUGACCCGAACAGUAUCACGCAUGACGUCGUUCAGCCGCCAACAGAGACAACGACACCAGAGCCGGUGACGACGACGACGGCGUCCACCACUGACAAGAUAAUCGCCGACGACAAGAAACUCCCGAACUGGGCCAUCGCCGUCAUAGCGUGCGGUGGGGCGGUGCUGGUCUUCCUCAUCUGCAUGGUAUACGUGCUGUGUCACCGUCGUCACGUGACCCACAAGUACGCGCUCACGGAUGAUCCCGAUGACCUCGGCUACAAUCGCUCAUGGGCCCUGAAUGACAGCUCAAGUCCGAAGUCUGAGUUCGCGUACGACAACAAGGUCGUCAUCUCCACAGAGAAGCUACCUGGCCGACCGGAAGUGAACCAUCCGGCGCCCUUUUAUAGCCUCACCGACGCCGACCUAGUUGACGGUGCGAAUGGAAAUGGCGGCUAUAGCGGUACCAUAGAAUCUGCUGAUCCGGAUACAGAAGUUUGGCCACCGCCCUGUAAUGGUGAGACAGAUCGCAGAAUUCUGUAUUUCUACGACAACGCGAAGACAUUUUACGAUCCUGAGAAAGACACAUGGGAGACCUAUAUGUAGUAUCAUGUUGUUUUUUUAGAAAGUCUAUUUAUAGAUCGUGUUCAUCAUGGCUGAAGGGGAAUACUUUUGGGAUUAUCGUUACAAUUUAUAGAAUGGUUUCGUUACAAUGCGAAAAAAAAUGUUAUCACUAAUGAAUUUUUAUCUGUGUAUAUAUUAUAGAUAGGAAUUUGUGUAAAUGAUGUAAAGUGUUUGUAUAUAAUUAUGACUUACUAUUCGGAAAGCUGCGGAUCAUAACGAUAUCGUGUCGAUAUUGAAACCGUACACAUAUUUAAAUUGCCUUACUUAUGAACUGUGAACAUUACUGUGCUGGUGUAUGUUAAUCUGGUGUAUGUUUGUAUAUAAUAAUUUUGUAAAUAUUAAAAUUGAAGCAUAUAUUUGAUAUACAGAAUAAUAAAUGUUCGCGAGCAAAUUUACGACGAAAAUAUUCUGUACACCACCUCUGUAUUAAUGUUGUACUGAUGUUAAUGUUUGCUUUUUCUUUUUCAUUGGUUUAUCAGAAAAUGCUUGUGUUAAAAGACAAGCAUUUACUGUCUUUAGACGACCAUAUGCUAUUGUCAAUCAUGAUAAAUAAUCGGAGAUGGUUUCUGUAAUGUAUUAAUUUUAUUUUCGUGGGUAAGAUAAAACAUGUAAACUGUAUAUAACACGGCCGUUUAAGAAAAUUGCCAAUGCAUUCCAUUUAUGUUUUAUAUGAUGUUUUACCCAUAAUUGUCAAUGCUUUGUAUUAAAUGACAUCGGACAACAUUCCAUUCAGUUUGAAGCGCAGUACAGCAUUGGUUUGUGUUUAUAAGGUCAUGAUAUGUGUUUGAUAUGUGUUUGCAUUAUUCUCUUUUUCUUUUAUGUUAUCUAUAAGGAUUUUUCGUUUCAGCACAAUUACAGGAUUGCAAUUUGCCCUCACAUGAUCGCACGUACGGCUAAGACUAUAUAAUCUAAAAUAAAAUAACAUCAACAGAAAUAUUUUAAAAUACUUGCUUAUUACCUGUCAUUUGUUUAUAAAUAAUCGACUUAAAAUGUUGAUAAAAUACCAUCCAUUUGGUUCACAUACAUAUUUCCUUCACGUGCAGCAUUUUUGUAAUAAUAAGAAUGAGAAAAUACAAAAAGGAAAUUUGAUUUUUAUCCGAAAUGUAACUAAUCGCAGUGUUUACAUGUACAUUUGAAGUAUAUAGAGUUUUGUUGAUUUAUAAAUUUGCAUCUUCUUGCAAUAUUACUUUUUGAUAUUAUAUUUUGUGUUGUAGCAAAUUAAAAUUGAGAAUUUAGCACAUUUACAUUUAUGAAGUAAGCAUUAGUGUACACAGAUGCACAUUUUAUUAAAGACAUUAGCUAAUUUUAGCACAUGCGAAUGAAUAUUUGUAAAAGAGUAGUGUUUUAAAUAAGUGUCCACUUUUUUAUUUAUAUGUAUACAUUUAGUCGUGUUCUUUGAAAACUGGGCUUAAUGCAUGUGCGUUCAGUUUCGUUCCGGAUUAGCCUGUGCAGUACACACAGGCUAUUCAAGGUCGAUUUCUUUCUCCAAAACAGGCUUUUUGCUAAGAACAAUCUUCCCUGAAACGAAAAAUACCAUAAAAACGGAGAGUUUCAUCUCUUAUAAGCCUGUGCGGACUGGACAGGUUAAUCAGGGACGACACUUUACGCACAGGCAUUAAGCUUAGAUUUCCCAGAAUUAGGUGUAUUUAUUGUAAGUUUAUUUGUACGCCUUUCAAGUCGGCCCGUCUUCACAUACUUUGCAAGUGCAGUCUCUACACUUGCGUUUUGAAUUUGUUUUACUAUAUGAUCCAACAGAUUUAAAACAUAAAUUCAAAUCGAUAUUUAUUUGUAACAUAACAUAUUAUACUUAACAUGCAAUUUUAUUGUAUUUAUGACAACAUGACUUUUAUUUAUCAUGAAUCUUCGUCACAAGUAAAUGUCCCAAAAAAGGUCAAUUCAGUUUCAAAGAUUGCCAUGU